CAACACAAUGGCUAGAUUAAAAUUAUCGCACACGCACUACCAGCUGCUAUUGUUCGCGCUCGUCAGCAUCGUACCGUUAGUCAGCUCCGAAACAAAUCGCCCGCCAGUUUUCACUCAAGUACUCAAUAAUAUUGUGCUCGAGGAGAAUGCAGCCGUUGGCACAGUCGUGGCUCAGCUGCAGGGCUAUGAUCCCGAAGGCAGCAAUGUCACAUUUGGUGCAAUCGGUUCGGAACACUUUGAAGUGGAUCCCAUUACGGGUAUAAUAAAACUAAUUAAGCCAUUAGAUCGCGAGGAAAAGGAUAGCCUAUUAUUUCAUGUCACAAUACGAGAUCAGGUCAAUCCAGAUGGUGAAUCUGAUCAAGACAAUAUCGUACAAGUGCCAAUUACUAUAAUUGUGCUAGAUGAAAAUGAUAAUCCACCGGAAUUUCAGAAUACACCCUACGAAACAGAUGUCAAUGAAGAUGCCGCCAUUGGCACAACAAUUUUCAAUCAAAUACUUGUCACAGACCGCGAUACCAUCGGCGAGAGUCUCGACUUAAAAUGCCUGCCACAGGAACAGAGUCCGGAGGCAUGCAACAAAUUCCGCUUGGAGCCGCUAUCACGCGAGCCGACCGUACUGAAGGCAGCGGUGGUGCUAAAUGAUACGCUGAAUUAUAAUCAACGCAUGAUUUAUCACUUUCAAAUUGAAGCAACGGAUGGCGUACAUAAAUCACAAACGAAUUUCGAAGUACGCGUUAAGGAUGUACAGGAUAAGCCGCCUGUAUUUCAAGGCUCCUUGUCGGCGGUCAUCGACGAGGAUAGUCCCAUUGGCACGUUGGUGCUGAAGGUGCAGGCACGCGAUGGUGACACAGGCGAACCGAGAAAAAUCGUUUACGAUUUGUUAACGAAUCCCAUGGACUAUUUCUUGCUGGAUGAGAGAAGUGGUGAAUUGCGUACAGCAAAACCAUUGGAUCGCGAGGCUCUUCCCGAUAGUACAGGCCUGAUAACGCUUACUGUUAGGGCCCGUGAACUUGUCAACGGCGCAGCCAGUAGUGAUCCACUUACAAGCACCACCGCCCAAGCCACUGUAACCAUACGUGAUGUCAACGAUUCACCACCCACUUUCAACAAGAAAGAGUAUGAAGUAUCCUUGCAAGAAAAUACCGCACCCGGUACGCCACUCGCACUCGACAUGAAUGUGACGGAUCGUGAUGUUGGCAUCAAUUCGAAAUUCUCGCUACGUUUGGACGAUGUGUCUGGCGUAUUCGAAGUGGAGCCGAAAUUCGUGAACGGUUUCUCGCAAGUCAAUAUACGCGUUGGCAAUGGCACACUCGACUAUGAGAAUCCCAAUCAACGUAAAUUCAUCGUGCUUGUCAUUGCAGAGGAGACAGAUACCAAUCCGAAGUUAUCUUCAACUGCCACCAUCACAAUAACCGUACUGGAUGCAAAUGAUAAUAAACCAAUUUUCGAGCAUGAGUCAUAUUCGGCAAGUGUGUCAGAAGCAGCAUUGUCCGGGCAAUAUAUCACCACCAUCACCGCAAAGGAUGUGGAUUCAGGACAGUACGGUGAUGCUGGCAUACGUUAUAGUCUUUCGGGCACCGGUGCAGAAUUGUUUCACGUUAAUGAGCAAACGGGUGUAAUAACAUUGGCCGAUUGUAAUGCGGCAGCCAGUGGAGGUGCUGGUGGUGGUGGUGGUGGUGGGGACGGGCGACAUGUUGGGCGUCAACGACGUGACGUGCACGCACACCAAAUCGAAACGGCCGACUAUGCGUCGCUACUGUCGCUCUUGGAUACGGAUAACUACAGUCAUUUGGUGCCAUCCUCAUCUUUAUCGUCAUCGGUGGAGGAUAAUGAACCGCCUGCUGCUGCGCUGUUCAAUGCAUUGGAAAUCAACACAGAACCAACGGUUGAGUAUACAGUCGUAACACAGGCGGAAGCACGCAGCAGCAUUAACGAUGUCAUUAGCGAAACGGCAACUGCGUCAGCACCAGCAGCGGCAACAGUACCAUCCCACUGGUCGCAAACGUUGGCGACUAGCGCAACACACGCCUCCACUCGACCGACAACAGCACAAGCUGACUUCGUAGGCGCUGAGGUGCCGCGUACGUGCCUCGACUACGAAACGGAGACCACGUACUUUUUGUCAUACAAAGCAACCGACGACGGCGGUCAAGGCCAAACAUCCGUCGUGGCAUUGCGUAUUUCAGUAACUGACGCUAACGAUUCGCCGCCAGUGUGUGAGAGUCCAUUGUAUCGCGCCGCCGUCGAUGAAGGUGCACACGUGUUUGACUCACCGUUGGUGGUGAAGGCGCGCGAUGCCGAUACGAUUUCCGACAUUAGCUAUCGCAUUAUUGGUGAUGAGCAAAUCGCAAGCAUUUUUUCCAUCGACAAGCGUUCCGGUCAGAUAACUGUGCGUUCGAAUGCGACAUUGGAUGUGACACACCUGAAGCGCGACUAUUUGGUAUUUACGGUGGAGGCGAAUGAUGGUGUCUUCACCACCAAUUGCGGUGUAAAUAUAACGGUGCGCGAUGUGAAUAAUCAUGCACCGCGUUUUCUGGCUGAAGAGUACUCGGCGGUGGUGGAGGAGAAUUCGGAGAUUGGCACAAGCGUAGAGAAGCUGCAAGCAGAGGAUUUGGAUUCGGGCAAAAAUGCGGAAAUUAGAUAUCGCAUUGAACAUGGCAGCUUUAAUGAUUUUCGCAUUGAUGAACACACUGGUGAUGUUUUUGUUUCACGCAAAUUGGACUAUGAUCGUCGUAAUACCUAUCAAAUCGAAGUACUGGCAACCGAUAUGGGCACACCUAGUCUUUCGGGAACUACAACACUCACGGUUAACAUAAACAAUAGCAACGAUAAAGAUCCAUACUUCACACCGGCAACGCAACAUGCAGAGGUCCCCGAAGACGCUCCGGUUGGCACAUUAGUUCACACACUGGUCGCACUCGAUCCCGACGUACCCACAUACAGUGCACUCGAAUUUGCCGGCACCGAUAUUAUCGCCAUCGACAAAGAGGGCAAAGAAGUGCCAAAUAGUGAACAGUUUAAGGAAUAUUUUACAAUAAAUCGUAAGGGGCAGGUGAUCGUGAACAAGCAACUGGAUCGUGAACUAUUUGCUGUCAUACGCAUCAAUGUGCUUGUAACGGAUAGCACUGCGCCUACUGUGCAACAAGGACGUGGACUGCUUAACAUACAGAUCACUGAUGUCAAUAAGAUGCCACCGAAAUUCAAUCCGCCUUGGACGCCCGAUAAUCCUGUAAUCAAGCUACAAAUGGCCGAAGAGCAACCAAUUGGCUCUGUGUUGACUACCCUGCAGGCAUACGAUGAUGACUCGACCAUCGGUGAAUACAAUAUCUCACCGAAUGCCUAUUUUACCAUCAACAAAACCACCGGCGUAAUUACCUCAAUCGCGCGUAUCGACUAUGAAAUAGUGAAGGAGGUGAAAUUCAUCGCCUCGGUGAGUGAUACCGGCGUGCCGUCGCUCACAUCUUCCGCUGAGGUGACUGUGGAUAUUAUCAACUUGAAUGACAAUGAACCGCACUUCAGCCAAUCGGAGUAUUAUUUCAAUGUGACUGAGAAUUCACCACGCGGCACCGUCGCUGGCAAGGUGGAGGCAUUCGACGCCGAUGUUGGUUCUUUUGGUGAACUCACCUAUUCGCUGAUUGGGGAGAAUAAUAAAUACUUCAGUAUCGAUGCGUAUACUGGCAGCAUAAUGGUGGCCGAUGCGACAAUACUCGAUCGCGAGAAGAUCAGCGAGAUCACAUUGACGGCUGUGGCCCAGGAUAAGGCGCCAGCGACAGUGCAGAAAUCAGCGACGGCAGCGAUCCACAUAAACGUUCUGGAUGUCAAUGAUAAUGCGCCAAUUUUCACGCAAGACCAAUACACCACAACCUUGGCGGAGAAUGCUGCUUUUAAUCCGCCCGCCGCAUUGCAGCAGGUGAAGGCGCUCGAUGCAGAUGAGGGCCUAUUUGGCGAUGUACGUUACUUUAUUACUGCCGGCAAUGAUCAGGGGCUUUUCCGCUUGGACGCACAAACCGGCAUUGUGUAUCCAGCACAAAGCUUGCAUGGCAAGAAAGGACAAUAUGCGUUGGAAGUUGUGGCGCGUGACACGCAAGGUUCGGGUACCAUGGAGAGCCGCACGCGUGUGCUGAUCACUGUGAUGGGUGUGAAUCAACAUCGGCCGGUGUUCGUGAUACCAGCGCUGUCGAAUGCCACCAUAGAGAUACCUGGUGAUAUCGUACAACGUGAUUAUUUACUGCUCACCGUCAAGGCCACAGACAAUGAUACCGAUGAAAAUGGCUACAUCACCUAUCACCUGCAAGUAAACAAUGAAAAUGUGCAGGAGACUGAGGAGUUCCGGAUCGAUGCCGUUACAGGCGAAUUGCGUACCAAGCGCGAAUUAAACCGCAAGGAGCGUGCGAACUACGACAUAAUUUUAGUGGCGCGGGAUGCUGGCAACCCGACACCCUUCGAAACGUUGCGCUUCCUGAGUAUUAGCAUUGUUGAUGCAAAUGAAAAUCGUCCUGAGUUCCCGGAUGCUUCGAAUCCUUAUAAAAUAUCCAUUAGAGAGAAUAGUGGGCGCGAGGUGAAGAUUGGUCGCAUACAAGCAACGGCGCGCAGUAAACACAACAGAGAUGUCUAUUACUACUUAUUGCUGGGCAAUGAGGAUAGCGCGUUUAUUGUGGACAAAGCCACAGGCGAUAUUUACACCAACAAGAGUUUGGAUAGGGAAGAUAUCGAUUUCUACACGCUUUACAUCCUCGCAAGCAUCAAAUCGGAUCUGCACAUUUCUGAAGAAGAACGCGCUUCAUUUUCAAUAAAAAGUUUGGAGCGCGACAACACAGUAGCCAAGGUGUGGAUAACAGUGCUCGAUGAGAACGACAAUGCACCAGUCUUCGAAAAAGAGGUUUACUAUGCCGGUGUGAAUGCCAAGGCAGCCAUUAACAGCAUAAUAACGGUUGUAAAUGCCACCGACGCCGAUGCGGGCAAGAACGCCAAGACCGAAUAUAUGAUUGUGGCCUCAAAUUUGUAUAAGUACGGGGCUACAAAGGCCACCGGUUCUAUAGUGCCAAGUCCGUUUGCCAUUUCAACCGAUGGCCGCAUCACCACUGCUGCCUUCAUGGCCGAAUACAAUCAAGAUCGUUUUGAGCUGGAAGUAAUUGCUAAGGAAUUAGAACAACCACAGCAAUCAACGCGCACAAAAGUCUAUGUUUGGGUAUUCGAUUCAACGCAGCUGGUGCGCGUCAUACUGUCGCGCCCACCGGAGGAAGUGCAUCAGGAGCAGGAGGAGAUAAUCGCUGAAUUGCGUAAUGCGACACAGCAUCGCAUCAUAGUCGAUGAGAUACGUUAUCAUGUGGAUGCAAUGGGACGUAUACGUAUGGAUUGGUGUGAUUUAUUCUUCCAUGCGGUCGAGCCGCAUACGCAACAAAUUGCUGCUGUCGAUGAGAUUCUCAAAGUUAUCGAUGCAAACUAUGAUUACUUGCGGGACUAUUAUGCCGGUUUCGCUAUUGAGAAUGUCGUGCCUGCCUACAUUACCAUCGUUCAGGAUGAAUUUGAUUUAGCUGUGGCAGGUUUGGUGGCGCUCAUUAUCGUACUCUUUGUGGGCGUUAUUAGCUUUAUUGUGCUGUGUUGUUGUCUCAAGCAUUGGAAUCUCUCCGUGCCUGUCGAAAAUCGCCGCAAGGAGGCUUUAAUCAAGAAACAAAUCAUAGAAGAUCUGAAUACAACCGAGAAUCCUUUGUGGAUAGAGCAAAAACUCAAGCUCUAUGAGGAGCAAGAGCUAACCAUGCAAGUCUUCUCUGAGCCCGAUCACAUUUCGAAUUCGGAUUCACCGGCUCAAUUAGAACAUCAUGUGCCACAUCAUAGUGUUGUUGACAACACCUAUGCCACCAUACAGCCACGCAAUGGCAAUCACGGCGUGGGUAGUUCCGUUCUGCAUAAUGGCGAGAAUGUGAGCGGCGGUGGUAAUAUGAACAAUACUAAUGCGCUGGGACGUGUUCAUGAUGCACAUAUAAAUGAAUUUGCCGAUUAUGCGACGUUGCGCAACAAUCGAGCACCAUCGAUGUACGAAUUUACUGGCUCCACAUUCCAAGCGCCCAUACGCGAAGGCGACGAUGCUGUGGCAGAGCUCAUUUAAAAUUCAGCCAAUGCCAUAUAGUGGACUGUGUAUAGAUCGUAAACGCUGGCAUUUAAUAUUAAUACAGUAAUUUCUAUUAAUUUUUAAUUUUAUUUUUUCUUGUAAAUUCAGUAUGCUCAGAAUUGCAGUGUAUAUUCGAGUUGCAUUAGUGCGACUUGGCACAGUUAAUUAAGCAGCUCAAUAUUGAAAAGAAAUUAAGCUAAGCUAACAGAAAAUCGGGUGAUGGUUUGGGUAAUGCCAAGUAUAAAGUAAAUUUUAUAAUAAUGAGUAAUCUGAAGUAUGUACAUGCAUUAUAAUAUUCGCUAGCCUAGAGCUAGAAGUUGCUAAGUCCAUUUUACAAAUUUUACAUGAGUGGAAAAAAACUUCUUAUUGCCAUUUUUCAAAAGUGUUUACAGCAAAGCAAAACUCCAUACAAAUAAGAAGUAAUGGUUUUAAUCUUAUCCAACUUUCUAUACCUUAUUUGGAAGCAAAAAGAAGUACCGUAAUGCUUCUGAAGACCAUGCGUUUUUAAUUUUUCUUCCUUUUUAUAUCAAAAUAUGAGUUUUUAUAAGAAGUGGACUCAGCAAACGUUUCACUCUAAGCUAGCAAAUGUGCAAGUAGAAAAUACAGUUCUGUGUAGUUUCGACAGAGUAAUUUAUUUGACUUUAUUUAAAAUCAAUAUAAAUUGUGACAUUUGAUAAAAUAUUUUAAAUAAACUUUUGUUUAAAGGAUUGCUAGAGCUACGAACGAUGGCAAAUGUUUUGAUACUUAGAAUGUUGCCUUAAAAUGCAGCAAUUUAAUGGCUUUAUCGUAAAAAGUGUCAAGUCGAUUAAAAUUAUUUUGUCAAACGUGCACAGAAUUGUAUUUAGUAUGUAGUUUAAGCAAACAUAAGAAAUACUCAAGGCAGCUUUUUAAUGAACAAAGGCUCAGAGCCAUGUGAAGGCACUCGAAUAUGUGUAUGUAUGUUAAAGGAACAAAUCGUAAAAAAUAGACGAAAAAAUAAUGAUACAAAAAUAUAUAAAAAUGAGACAAUAAGCGUAAAGUAGAUAUUGCAACGAAAAAAAAAAAAAAAAAUAAAA